GAUGAUAAAGAUCCGGACUGUGAAACUUCUGAGGAUGAAAAUACUUCAACUAAAGAAACAGAUAUCGGUGAUGACAAUAAAAAUAAAGAAACAACAGAAAAAAAUGAAGGAGAAUCAACUAAAAGUAUGGACGAAAUAAAUACAACUGAAAAAACUGGAAUGGAUACUACUACUUCAGCUUCAGGGAAAGAAACUAGUUCAGAUUCUACUGACAAAGAUUCUGAAUCCUCUGAAUCAUCAAAUGAUUCAGAUUCAAUUGAAUGUACAAAAGCAGGAUUCUUCAGAAAUCCAAAUAAUUGUAGCAAAUUUUAUAGAUGCGUUGAUUACGAAGGAAAUGGCAAAUCUUUUAGAAUUUUUCAUUUUGAAUGCUCAAAAGAACUUGUUUUUGAUGAAAAGUUAAGUGUUUGCACUUGGCCUGAUCAAGCACAACCCCCGUGUAAAUUAAAAGAUUCUGAGAGAAAAAAAGACGAAACGGAAACAAAGGAUGAGGAAUCAGAGAGAGAUGAUGGAAUGGACACUGGAAAAGAUACCACAAAAGAUGGGGAAUCAGAGAGAGAUGAUGGAAUGGACACUGGAAAAGAUACCACAAAAGAUGGUGACAAAGUCUCUACAGAUGAAACAGCUACUAAACCAAGUUCUGAAGAUAAUGAUAAAAGCACAGAGAAAGAUGGCGAUAAUAUUUCUACGGAAAAAACAAAAACAACCGAUGAUGAGAACAACAUUCAAGAUGACCAUCCUGACAAAUCGGACAAAAGUUCAGAAUCAAGUACAGAAACUGCCAACGAUUCUUCUACCAAUGCUGAGACCAAUGAAAUAGACGAUUCAAUGGGAGAUUCUAAGAAUAAAUCAUCAUCAGAAAUCUGUACAGAAGAAGGUUAUUUUAGAAAUCCAGAAGAUUGCAGAAAAUUUUACAGAUGUGUUCCCUUCAAAAUGGAUAAAUGGAACUUAGUUAUUUGCAUUAUUUUUCAUCUAUGCAUUUUAAUCUAUGGUCAUAAAUCGAGAAGAUAUCAACAUGGAUUUCGAUGUCGUCAAGUAGGUUUAUUCAGCCACCCAACAAACUGUGGAAAAUUUUUUAGAUGCACAAUUAAAGAAGGCAAAAGACGUCAUUACGCUCUCCUUACUCUUUCUUGUCCUCCAAGUCUUGUGUAUAAUGAAAGGACUAAAUCAUGUUCAAUAGUUCCUGUUUCACCUAGUUGUUUGGUGAAAGAGCAUUCCAAUUCAACGCGACCUUUUCAUCGUCAUUCUCUUUCAAGUAAUAAAUAUAACUGUAUUAAAGAAGGAAUUUUUCCUCAUCCGACAGACUGUAAAAAGUUUUACAGGUGUGCUGAUUACGAUGGAAAAGGAAAAUCGUUAACGGCAUUUGAAUAUUCAUGUCCAGAAGGUUUGUUAUUUAAUAAAGAAAUAGAUACUUGUGACUGGCCAGACUUUUCUCCACCUUGUGAUGAUUCCUUGUCAGACAAGCAGCCAUUUAUAAUACAAACCGAGAAGAAGGGCAUAACAAAAACUUCAAAAUUGAAAAAAGGCAACGAAAAAAAGUAUUCGUUAAAAUGUAAAAAAAGCGGAUUUUUUAGAGAUCCUGAUGAUUGCCGAAAAUUUUAUCGUUGUGUCAGUUAUUCUGAAUCUGGGAAAAAGUUUCAUAUUUAUAAUUUUAAAUGCCCAAAAAGUCUCGUUUUUGAUGAGAGAUUAAGUACUUGUAAUUGGCCAAGUAAAAAUAUAUCUUGCAAUAUUAAUAUUGACGACGAUGACGAAGAUAAAGAAAUGCCGAAAGAAAUAGUAAAAAUUACAAGAAGACCAACGUUACCGAAGUCGACACCAUCUCCGAAAGAAGAAGAAACGUAUCCAUGUGUAAAAGAAGGAUUUUUCAGGCAUCCAGAAAAUUGUUCAAGAUUUUUUAGAUGUAUAAAACGAGCGAAACAUUUUAAAAGUUAUUCAUUUUCGUGUCAAAAUAAUUUAGUUUUUGACGAACGCAUUUCGAGCUGUAAUUGGCCUGAAAAAAGUCCUGCGUGUUUUGAUAACUUUGUUGUAAUUUCAAAGCCACCAAAACAUAUAAUAACAAAUCCAAAUUUAUUUCACGAUCAGAAAAGAGCAGAAAGACAUCCACGAUCAUUAUCUCUUCGAGAAUCUCCUCCUAUCUUCCCGUACUUAUCAGCUGUGUACUAUGAAAAUUCUCAGAGAUCAAUGAAAGGAAUUUUUGUUGCUAAGCAUGGUUCAGACUCAGAUUUAAAAUGUGAAAAAGAAGGAAUAUUCAAACAUCCAAAAUUUUGUCAUGAAUUUUAUGUUUGUUCUGAUUUUGAUAAUACAAAAACAAAUUAUAAGAUUUUUGAAUUUGUAUGUCCAAAUGAUAUGGUUUAUGACGAAGAACUGGACGAUUGUGUUGAACCUCCUCCGGAUUCUCCUUGUGCCCAUCACAAAGAAAAGUGUAAACAUGAUGGAAGUGAAACAAACGACACAACGGAUUCGGAAUCAGAUAAAGAGAAAGAUACAACUGAUUCUUCUGAAGAUAAAGACAAAAACACUAAAUCUCCUGACGAUUCAGAUUUGGCAACCGAUUCACCAAAAGACGAUGAAAGUUCAGAAAAACCCACAAAAGAAAAUGAAAAUUCAGAAAAACCCGCAGAAGAAGAUGAAAGUUCAGAACAACCUUCAAAAGAUGAUGAUAGUUCGUCUUCAAAGAACAAGACUGCUCCAAUAAAAUGCAAAAAGAGUGGCUUUUUCAGACAUCCUGAUGAUUGCAAUAGAUUUUAUAGAUGUGUUGAUUAUAAUAAUGACAGCAAAAGUUUUGUAAUAUAUGAAUUUAGAUGUGGUGAAAAUUUAGUUUUUGACGAAGUCAAUUCAGUUUGUAAUUGGCCAAGUGCUGUUCCAGAAUGUAGCUCAGGAAGCGGUAAACCUUCCUCUAAGGAUGAUUCAGGUACAUCAGAUGGUGAUACAACAAAUGAUGAUACAGGAGAACAGACUGAAACAACUCCAGGAACUAGUGAAGAAAAUACUUCAGAAAGUAGCAAAGACAUUCCAGGUAGUGAAGGAGACAAUACUUCAGAAAGUAGCGAAAGCACCUCAAGUAGUGAAGGAGACAACACAUCAGAAAGUAGUGAAAGCACUCCAAGUGGUGAAGGAGACAAUACUUCAGAAAGUGAAGUAACAAAAGACCCAGAUAGUGAUUGUGAAGAUAAAGAAACCACUACAGAGGACCCUGGAAAAAAUGCAGGUGACAAAAGUAAUGAUGACAAGGAUGAUGAUAAUACUUCAACUCCGAAAGCAGAUGAAGAAACCAAAACAACCACAGAAACAGACGAUGAAAAUAGAGUAAGUACUCCGAAAAUGGAUGAGAGUACUGAUAAAUCGAAAUCAGACAAUAACGAUACAGAUGCAGCAGAAUGUAAAAAAUCAGGCUACUUCAGAAAUCCCAAAAACUGUAGUAAAUUUUAUAGAUGUGUUGAUCAUAGCGGAGAUGGAAAGGCUUUCAAGAUAUAUCAUUUUGACUGUCCAUCAGGUCUGGUUUUUGAUGAAGUGUUAAGUGUUUGCAAUUGGCCUGAUCAAGCUCAACCACCCUGCAAAGGGAAUACGACUGAUUCUGAUAGUGAUGAUCCAGCUGGUGGAAAGGAUGAGCCAAGUGAUGGAAAGGAUGAGCCAAGUGAUGGAAAGGAUGAGCCAAGUGAUGGAAAGGAUGAGCCAAGUGAUGGAAAGGAUGGGCCAAGUAAUGGAAAAGAUGAGCCAAGUGAUGGAAAAGAUGAGCCAAGUGAUGGAAAAGAUAAGCCAAGUGAUGGAAAGGAUAAGCCAAGUGAUGGAAAGGAUGAUUCAAGUGGAGAUGAAUCUGCAACUAAAACUACUACACCACAAGAUGAUAAAGAUCCGGACUGUGAAACUUCUGAGGAUGAAAAUACUUCAACUAAAGAAACAGAUAUCGGUGAUGACAAUAAAAAUAAAGAAACAACAGAAAAAAAUGAAGGAGAAUCAACUAAAAGUAUGGACGAAAUAAAUACAACUGAAAAAACUGGAAUGGAUACUACUACUUCAGCUUCAGGGAAAGAAACUAGUUCAGAUUCUACUGACAAAGAUUCUGAAUCCUCUGAAUCAUCAAAUGAUUCAGAUUCAAUUGAAUGUACAAAAGCAGGAUUCUUCAGAAAUCCAAAUAAUUGUAGCAAAUUUUAUAGAUGCGUUGAUUACGAAGGAAAUGGCAAAUCUUUUAGAAUUUUUCAUUUUGAAUGCUCAAAAGAACUUGUUUUUGAUGAAAAGUUAAGUGUUUGCACUUGGCCUGAUCAAGCACAACCCCCAUGUAAAUUAAAAGAUUCUGAGAGAAAAAAAGACGAAACGGAAACAAAAGAUGGGGAAUCAGAGAGAGAUGAUGGAAUGGACACUGGAAAAGAUACCACAAAAGAUGGUGACAAAGUCUCUACAGAUGAAACAGCUACUAAACCAAGUUCUGAAGAUAAUGAUAAAAGCACAGAGAAAGAUGGCGAUAAUAUUUCUACGGAAAAAACAAAAACAACCGAUGAUGAGAACAACAUUCAAGAUGACCAUCCUGACAAAUCGGACAAAAGUUCAGAAUCAAGUACAGAAACUGCCAACGAUUCUUCUACCAAUGCUGAGACCAAUGAAAUAGACGAUUCAAUGGGAGAUUCUAAGAAUAAAUCAUCAUCAGAAAUCUGUACAGAAGAAGGUUAUUUUAGAAAUCCAGAAGAUUGCAGAAAAUUUUACAGAUGUGUUGAUUACGAAGGAAACGGAACUUCAUUUACUAUAUUUCAUUUCGAUUGUCCUGAAAAUACGGCAUUUGAUGAUAUACUUGAUGUUUGCGUUUGGCCUGAACAAGCAAGACCUCCCUGUGAUUCAUCAGGGGAUGGAAAGGCUAAAAACGAAACAAUGGAUGAAAGAGGAGAUAAAACCACUAAAGAUCCUGCAGCGGAAGAAGGAUCCACAGAUGAGAGUACCGAGAAAAGUGGAACGUCAGAUGAAGAAAGUGACAAAGUCACUAAAGAAUCUCCAGACAAACGAACCACUACACAAAGCACAAAUGAAAAUGAAAAUAAAGAAACAACAGAUAAAGGUUCUGAGGAUGGUUCUGCAACGACAGAAGGUGACCAAGAUGUGACAGAUGAUUCAAAUCAAACUGACAAUUCUUCGGAUUCCUCAAAUUUAUGCAAAGAGUCUGGUUAUUUUAGACAUCCUGAAGACUGCAACAAAUUUUAUCGAUGUGUUGAUUAUUCUGGAAACGGAACAUCAUUUAAAAUAUUUCAUUUCAAAUGCCCCGAAAAUACGGUGUUUGAUGAUGUUUUAGACGUAUGUGUCUGGCCAGAACAAGCUCAGCCACCCUGUGACACAGAUUCUUCUGGUAAAAGUGAUAAUGAUACAUCAUCUGAAAAACAAGAAACUCCAUCUGAUUCGAGCGAUACAACAAAAGCUGACUCUACUUCUACAAUUACAUCUACAGAAGAAAGUAUGGAAUCAAGCUCUACAGAUGAUAAAGGAACAGAAAGUACUUCAACCGAAAAAUCUGUAACCGAGGAUUCAAGCUCUUCUACAACACCAAAGAAAAAGAAACCCUGUCCCGAUAAAAGUAAAACGAAAACUACUGCAAAGCAAACUACCACAACAGAAUCAAGUAAAAAUGAAGGAUCUGAGAAAGAAAAUGAAAAUACUUCAAACGAAAACUCAGAAGUAAAAUCUAAGGAUUGUAGCAAAGCAGGAUUUUUCAGAAAUCCAGAUGACUGUAACAAAUUUUAUAGGUGUGUUGACAAUGGUGAUAAAUCAUUUAGAGUUUAUAAUUUUAACUGUCCAGAAAAUACCGUAUUCGAUGAAGAAAAGGACGUUUGCGUUUGGCCAGGACAAGAAAGUCCACCAUGCGGAGGUAAGAAUGAAAAUUCAGAAGAAAAUAAUAUAAUUCCAGACGGAUCAGAAAGAUAGUUUAUAGGUUAGUUUAUUAUUAUUAAAUGAAAUGGCAUUGGACUCAAUUGUUAAUGGUUAAAUAAAUAAUCACGAAAUUGAAGUAUUAAAGAAACGUGAAUUUUGUUUACACUGAAAAUAAUAGAUUAGUGAAUAUAAAAAUAAAUUCAAUUAAUAUUCUGUAAACAUUUUCUAAUGUGAUAUAUGUCAACUAUCGAAAUUGUGUGCACAAACCCUAUUUCUGUUAUCUAUUUAUUUUAUUAAAUGACUUGGAAUAAGGAGGAAUAGGAUGGAAAUGGUUACUGUGGGUA